UUUUUUUUUUUAAUUUCUGAUCAACAAAGAGUUCAAGGAUACGUGAAGAGUAUCAUCAAUGGCGUCUUCAUCCAUUUACAAGAAUUUCAAGUAUGAUGUGUUUUUAAGUUUUUGUGGCGACGACGUUCGAAAGACUUUCGUUGAUCAUCUUUAUCAUGCUCUCAAGCAGAAAAACAUUCAUACUUACAAAGACGAUGAGGAAAUCAAUCAGGGCAACUGGAUCAGUGAUGAACUCAUGGGAUCCAUCGAAGACUCAAAAUUGUACAUCAUUGUUUUCUCUACAAACUAUGCAUCUUCAUCGUGGUGUUUAGAUGAGCUUGUGAAGAUAAUGAACUGUCACAAGACCAAGGAUCAUACUGCUUACCCCGUCUUCUAUGAUGUGGAACCCAAGGAAGUUCGCAGACAAAGUGGGGUAGUUGGAGAAGCCUUUUCAAAACAUGAAAACAAAAACGAAGAGACUACUGAGAAAUGGAGGAAGGCUAUGACAGAUGCGGCGAAUUUGGCUGGAUGGGUGUUGAAGAAUACUGACGAUGGGCAUGAAGCUAAAUUUAUCCAAAAAAUUGUUGAAGGGCUUUCACUAGAGUUACAAUCCCUCCAUUUCGGCAUUGAUGAAAAAUUAGUAGGCAUGGUGACCCGAAUGAACGAUGUUUUAUCAGCUUUAGGAACUGGUUGUGAUGAUGUUCGCAUGAUUGGGAUCAAGGGAAUGGGAGGUGGUGGGAAGACAUCGUUGGCUAGAGCUGUUUUUGAUCAGAUAUCCUUUCAAUUCGAAGGUGCAAGCUUCGUUGAGAAUGUAAGGGAAAUUUCAAAAGAUUAUUUGUCCGGUUUGAAGUCGUUGCAAAAACAAAUCCUUUGUGAUGUCUUAAAUGAGCAAGGUAUCACCGUCAGCAGUGUUUAUGAUGGAAAUAACAAGAUGAAGAGGAGGAUAUGUGGUAAAAAGGUUCUUCUCGUUCUAGAUGAUGUGGAUCAUGUAGAGCAGCUUGAGGCGUUAGCCGGUGAGACAAAUUGGUUUAAGCAAGGAAGCAGAAUUAUCAUUACAACAAGAGAUGAGCAAGUGCUUGUAGCACAUGGAGUGAAGUCGAUUCAUAAUAUCAAGUUGUUAUUGGAUAAGGAAGCAAUUUGCCUCUUCUGUAGGUAUGCAUUUGGGAGAGUGAUUCCAAAUCUAGGGUACGAAGAGCUAUCACAACAAGUUGUGCAUUAUGCUGCUGGUCUUCCCUUAACGAUCAAAGUUUUGGGUUCGUUUCUUUGUGGUAAAAGUGAGCUCGAAUGGAUAGAUGCCCUAGAAAGACUAAAAACAAUUCCAUUAAAGGAAACUCUGAAGAAAUUGGAAUUAAGUUAUAUGGAUCUAGAGGAUGACUACAAGGAAAUAUUUCUAGAUGUUGCAUGCAUACUAAAAGGUUCGCCGAAAGACACUGCAAUCCGAAUGCUUGAAAGCUGUGGAUUUCAUGCAAGAAAUGGUUUAAGAGUUCUUGAGCAAAAAUCCCUCAUAACUAAUCAUAAUGGGUACCUAAGCAUGCAUGACCAUAUUGAAGAAAUGGGAAAGAAUAUUAUUCGUCGUUCGCAUCCGGAUAAGCCUCACAAACAUAGUCGAUUGUGGAUUGACAAUGAAAUUGAACAUAUAUUAGCUAAUGACUUGGGUACUAAAUCAACAAGAUAUAUACGGUUCCACAUGUCGAAACUCAGUCCCGAAAUUAUGAUGAAAAGUCUUCGAAAGAUGAAGGAGCUAAGAUUUCUUCACGUGUUGUGGGGAUUUAUUGAUGCAAGUACUGAAAGUGAUUGUUCUUGUCCGAACUUUAAAUUUCCAAAUACUUUGCAAUAUCUGCAUUGGCACGCUUACCCUUUUAGGUCUUUACCCGAAACAUUUCAAGCAAAUAAUCUUGUUGCACUUCUGAUGAGUAAUAGCAAAAUUGUACAACUUUGGGAAGGGGGAGAAACAAAGGUUCUUCACAAGCUAAGAUUCCUUGACCUCAGUUAUUCAAAGUUGAGGACGCUUGAUCUUGGACUUACUCCAAAUAUCGAGACAGUGCGUCUUGAAGGAUGUGCUGAUUUGGUAGAAGUUCACUUUCUCGCUGAAUGUUUAAAGCUUAUAACUGUUCACCUCGGUUUUUCAAUGGUGAGGACCCUUCACCUUGGAUCGACUCCUAAUCUUGAGCUUUUAGAUCUUCAAGGAUGUCCGAAUUUGGUAGAACUUCAAAUGCCUCGCAGAUCUCCAAAUCUAAGAUACCUCAGACUCACUGAUUCAAUGAUUAAGAACCUUGACAUUGGGCUGACUCCAAAUCUAGAGGAAUUAGAUCUUCAAAAUUGUAAUUAUUUGGAAGAACUUCAUAUGGUCGGUGGAUGUCUGGAAAAGCUUGUAUACUUUGACAUGAGUGAUUGUUUGAGGUUUAAUCAUUUUCAGUUUUGCAUAGAGGAUGAAACACUUGAGGUUGCUCCUUUAGCUGAGUUAAAACUAAUAGCGGAGCCCCUAGAUGGAUGUUCGUUGCACCCAAACAACAACUUUCCAAAGUUUCGGUUUAGAUGUUUAUAUAAAGAAAAUCGACCCUUAUUGACAACAAACAUAGUAAAGCUUAUUUCUAUAGGUCCGUGUGAUUGCACAAACCUUGAUACGCUUUCAAGAAGCAUUUGUGGGUUACAACUUUUAAGAAAGCUUAUUCUCGAAGGUGGUAUUCAAGAGGUCCCAAAGGACCUUGACAAGCUAGAAUAUCUAGAGAAGCUAGAAUUUUCUUACACAAACAUUAAACAUCUUCCUGAUAACAUUUGCAUGUUGAAACAUCUAAAAUAUCUCCACCUUAGGGAUUGUUCGUUGCUUGAGAAGUUACCCAAGGAUCUUGGUGAAUUGGAAUGCUUAAAAGAGCUAACUUUGUCAUCCGCAAAGAUUAAAGAUCUUCCUGAUAGCAUUUGUAUGCUGAAACAUCUUGAAUCUCUCAAACUUGUUGAUUGUUCGUUGCUUGAAAAGUUACCUAAGAAUCUCGGCCAAUUGGAAUGCUUAAAAGAGCUAACCUUGUCAUCUGCAAAGAUUAAAGAUCUUCCCGAUAGCAUUUGUAAGCUGAAACAUCUUGAAUCUCUUAAACUUGUUGAUUGUUGGUUGCUUGAGAAGUUACCUAAGGAUCUUGGCGAAUUGGAAUGUUUAAACGAGUUAACUUUGUCAUCUGCAAAGAUUAACGAUCUUCCUGAUAGCAUUUGUAUGCUGAAACAUCUUGAAUCUUUUAAACUAAAGCAUUGUUCUACUCUUGAGAAGUUACCCAAGGAUCUUGGCGAAUUGGAUUGUUUAAAGCACCUAAAUUUGUAUUCUGCAAAGAUUAAAGAUCUUCCCGAUAGCAUUUGUAUGUUGAAACAUCUUGUAUCUCUCGGACUUGAAAAAUGUUUGUUUCUUGAGAAAUUACCCAAGGAUCUUGGCCGAUUAGAGUGUCUAGAGAAACUCGACCUCAGGUAUUGCAAGCUUUUACAACGUAUCCCGGAUAGCAUAUGUAACAUGAAACGCCUAAAACGUCUCCAUCUUCGCUAUUGUGUUCAACUUGAGAAAUUGCCCGAUGAACUUGGACGUUUAGAAUCUUUACGAUAUUUGGAUUUAAGAAGCACUUGCAUUUGUCACCUUCCACAGAGCAUCUUUUUGUUGGAAGUGUGUAUUACUGGGGAAGGAGCUCCUCUCGAGUUAUAUGGUCCGUACUGUUACAUACAUGUCUCCAAUGACGAUUUUGAGAGGCUGGGAAGGCCUGGAAAAAGCCAAGUUUAA